GACGGGCAACCCUGAUUUUCUUUAGGUCUCCUCUUCUUCAUCCGGGAUGAACCAGCAGGGCCCCAACAGCAAUCUGGGAGGAGGGGGAGGAAGCUAUAUUCCUCCUCCACGACAGGACAUGGAAUACAUUUGUGCAGAUUGCGGUGCCAAAAAUGAGAUCAAGUCGAGGGAGCCCAUACGGUGUCGAGAGUGCGGUCACCGUAUCAUGUAUAAAAAGAGGACUAAGCGCAUGGUCCAAUUCGAAGCGCGUUGACACAGACCAUCAGGACUUUUGUUAGCCGAGCUGUAGUGUUUUGCCCAAAUCUUUGCCAACAUAUCUUGUCGUAGCUUCCAUAGCUGUGUAAGCAUACUCGCACAUAGCACUUGUAAAGGUGCAGGCUGUAAUAAAAUGGCAUGGCUUGGAUGAA